ACUACUCCCGAUGAAGCUUCCAUUGUUCUUCCUUGGCCUCAUGGGCCUUGCAGCGGCCACCCCAAUGGGGCUUGAGACCCGUCAGUUCAGUUCUGGAAACGAACUCCGCGAUGGCUCUUGCAAGCCCAUCAUCUUCAUCUUUGCGCGCGCAUCCACGGAGCCGGGUCUCCUUGGUAUCUCAACUGGUCCGGCCGUUUGCAACAACCUCAAGAUGGCCAAGGCCGGCCAAGUCCUCUGCCAGGGCGUCGGUCCCGCCUACACAGCCGAUUUGAUGUCCAACGCCCUGCCCGAUAACACUUCCCCAGCGGCCAUCAACGAAGCCAAAUCUCUCUUCAACCUUGCUGCAUCCAAGUGUCCCAACAGUCAGAUCCUGGCCGGUGGUUAUAGUCAAGGAACAGCAGUGAUGGACGACUCCAUCAAGGAGCUCGACGACAGUGUCAAGGAUAAGAUCAAGGGUGUGGUCCUCUUCGGCUACACCCGGAACGCCCAGGAACACGGCCAGAUCCAGAACUUCCCCAAGGACAAGGUCAAGAUCUACUGCGCCGCCGGCGACAUGGUCUGCGACGGCACGUUGCUCGUGCUUCCCGCGCACUUCUCGUACAUUGCCAACACCGGCGAGGCCUCGCAGUGGCUGGAGUCGCAGCUGGGAACCACCUCUACGUCCACUACGUCGUCCGGGACCACUGGCUCGAGCACCAGCAGCGGAAGCUCCGAGUCAUCCGCCGCUUCUUCAGGAUCUUCCGGGCUGUCUGGGCUUGGCGGGCUGAGCUCGCUCUUCGGUGGCGGUAGCAGUGGGUCGAGUGACAGCUCGAGCGGACUGGGAUCGUUCUUGUAGGCGAUUUCUAGCCAACCUGGUGAGGAAGUAGGGCAUUUGAGCGGGGAAGUUGGGAUAGGGAAGCUUGUGGUCAACGAUUGGGUGUUGGGCUGGCUGGGAAAUGUUCUCGAGGCGUUCUGUUUCUUCUUCUUAUUCUUCCUUUUCUUCAUUCCUUUCUCAAGCUCUGAUCUAUUGAGUGAUUUUCUGGUUAGGUUUGAUGAUAGCAGGUUCUAUCUUGAAUGAUAACAUAAAUU